AAGAGAGAAAGAAAGAAGAGAGACAGAAAAGCGUGGAGAUCGGGUCUAGGGUUUCUCUCUGUUUUUGGAUUUUAAGACUCGAAUCUCUAAUCCAAUCCCUCUCUCUCUAAACUAACCAGUACAGUGAACUGAGAGAGAACUCUCCGAUUAUUCCUUUUCAUUUCAGGAAGUACAAAAUUGGUUUUGCUGUUUUGCAGUUUAGAUUGUAGUAUUUAUCUGUGUAAAGGAAGUUUUUUUUUGAAGAAGAAGAGAUUGAAGUAGUGGGGAGGUUUCAAAUGCCGGAGGAGGACUUGGUUGAGCUCAAGUUCCGGCUUUACGAUGGAUCGGAUAUCGGUCCGUUCCGCUAUUCGCCGGCGUCUACUGUGGCAAUGCUCAAGGAGAGAAUCGUCACCGAGUGGCCAAAAGAUAAAAAGAUUGUACCCAAAGGAGCAAAUGACAUAAAACUAAUUAAUGCUGGAAAGAUUUUGGAGAACAACAAGACUGUUGGCCAGUGUAGAGUGCCAUUUGGAGAGCUUCCAGGAGGAGUAAUCACCAUGCAUGUUGUCGUGCAGCCAUCUUUGGCAAAAGCAAAAACAGAAAAGAAAGUUGACGAGGCUCCAAGGAAAAACUUUUGCUCAUGUUCCAUAUUGUGAUGGAGUUGAUCACGAGCAUGAUAAAGCUUGUGAGGUUGCCUCGGGAAUAUCCUUGUGUCUUUGGGACCAUGGAAAUGAGUAGCUUGAAAGAGAAUAAUUGGUGAAAAGAGUCCCAUCUCCUCAUUGUCACAUGUUUGUUGGAGGGCAUUAAUCCUGUGUAACAAUCCAUAUUAGUGCUGAUGUAUUUACAUUUUCUAUAUAUAUAUAUAAAUGGGUGCUUGAUGAUUUAUUUUGGUA